GACAUUUUGAUUCAGGUAUGUUUUAACCUCCAUGGCAGAUGCUCCGUCGAACCCUUCGGGUCCGAUCGAACAGAAAUGAAGAACCACUGCUUUAAUGGAAUGGAGGGGGGGAAAGUUCCUGCAUUUUUGCGUAAGGUCCACUGGGUGGCAUUAAACGCAACACCGUGAGUGACUACAGAUUGACGCCCAAACCAAAACAAACUCCAGUACUGUACACCAUCAGCGGUUCUUCGGAAAAUAUAUUGGGCGCUCACAACAAAAAAGGAAAUGUCCCCCUCUCCGCCUCGCCCUUUUGCACUUUGUCGACGCGGUGGUUUGGUCGGCCUCUGGACCAGAACACUCGUACAAACAAGGGCUGAAGCGACCAAACUGAAGACCAUCGAUGACUUGCCCGGACCUACUUUGUUCAAAACACUUUUCUGGUUAUUUGUCAAAGGCUAUGCGGACAAGAGGCACUUGCUGCAGGGUGUACAGAAGAAUCUGUACGGGCCCAUCUGGCGCUCCAAGUUUGGCCAAUUUGAUUUGGUCAAUGUGGCCAGUCCUGAGCUCAUUGCUCAGGUGAUCUAUCAGGAAGGACGCUACCCUGUGCGAGCAGAGUUGCUACACUGGAAGGAAUACAGGGACCUGAGGGGACAAGCUUACGGUCUGCACGUAGACAAGGGGCAGGAGUGGUACAGGAUCCGAAGUGCUCUGAACCCAAAGAUGCUGAAGCUGCAGGAAGUGUCAGCCUACGCUCCCAUCAUCCACCAGGUGGUCGAAGAUCUGCUUAAACGCAUUGAGUUUCUGCGUGCUCGCAGUCCAGACGGAGUUUCUGUUUCUGAUGUGACCGCUGAGCUCUACAAGUUUGGCUUUGAAGGUAUUUCCUACAUAUUGUUUGAGACCAGGCUGGGCUGCCUCCAGGAGGACCUUCCUAAAGACACGGAGCGCUUCAUCGCUGCCGUCAAUGACAUGCUGACGCUCUCCGAGAUUGUUAUUAUCUUUCCACGCUGGACCCGUCGCAUCCUUCCUUUCUGGAAACGCUUUGUUCAGGCCUGGGACAACCUCUAUGAUAUUGCGCAGAAGCUCAUCGACAGCAGAUUGGCUGACAUCCAAACCCAGACCGAGCGGGGUGAGCUGACAGAAGGCUUAUACCUGACCUACCUGCUGUCCUCCGACAAGAUAACCCGAUCUGAGAUCUACAUCAGUGUGACCGAGCUGCUGCUGGGCGGAGUUGACACGACCUCCAACACUCUGUCUUGGGCCUUGUACCACUUGGCGAGGGACCCGCGAGUUCAGGAUCGACUCUACAGGGAGAUAAAUGCCGUGUGUGCCGACAGACGUAAGCCCAGCGUGGACGACCUUCAAGCAAUGCCCUACUUGAAGGCUGUCAUUAAAGAGACAUUACGCUUGUAUCCUGUUGUUCCUGGCAACGGACGCUUUGUUACAGAAAAUGAGGUGGUAGUAGACAACUACUGGUUCCCAAAGAAGACUCAGUUCCACCUGUGCCACUACGUCGUCAGCCACGACCACACACAGUUCGUCCGUGCUGACGAGUUCUUGCCAGAGCGAUGGCUUCGCGCCGCUAGGGUGACGCCAGGCCCCUUCCGGCACCACCCAUACAGCUUCAUCCCCUUUGGCGUGGGCGUGCGAGGCUGCGUGGGUAACAGAGUGGCCGAGAUGGAGAUGUACUUUGCUCUGUGCAGGCUGAUGCAGCACUUCGAGAUCCGGCCGAGGGGAGACGACUGCGCCAGCGUCCAGGCCAAAACGCGAACGCUGCUCAUUCCUGGAAAGCCCAUCGACCUUCGUUUCCUGCAACGAGCCUGAGGAAAUGAAAGCGAAAAUUGCAUCCAGCACAGAAGAAAAAGGUGGAGCUUAAGACAAAGACAACAACAAAAGGAUUUGAUUCAAGUCAUUUUCUCAUUACUGUUCACUUAGUACAUUCAUCCAUUUUCAAUACCGCUUAUCCUGAACAGGGUUGUGGGGGGUUGUUGGAGCUUAUGCCAGCUAACUUUAGGCGGAAGGCCGACUAUAACUAGAACUGGUUGCCUGUCAGUCACAGGGCACAUAUAGUGACAAACAACCAUUCACACCCACAUCCACUCCGUUCCCGAGUGGAAACCGAAUUCCCGCUGUCCGCCACAACUCAGGCGAGUGUAACACUACACCAUCAGUGACUUCACUUCAUAGAUUUUUUUCACUUCAAGUUUGUUUGUCAUAUUCAGUUAGAUAGAUCUAACCAGUAGUUGCAUUAGCAAGGACCUUUUCAAGUGUAUGAAAAUAAUACAUAACACACACAAAACAAAACCCACAUCACAACUGUAUGUAUUCCUGACUACAAUAUAUUGUAACACCCAAAACAAGGUUGAAAUGUCUUGUUAGACGAAGGCACAUGAUAGACGCUACACUAUGCUUGUUUAAUCCUUAACUUGUCCCACAAAAUCUAAUGACGGAUUUUGUUUUGGUAUUUUGCGAGUUGAUUCAUCUUUGUUGGUUGACUUUUACAUACUUUACUGUCAAUACACAAGACAUUUUCAUAACUUCACACAGUACCAAUGAAAAGCUGCACACUAUUCAUUUUCCCUCUUUUAUUAACUUGCAUAGUGUACGUUGUGAUGUGAAAAAACCCACAUGGAAUAAAAAACAAGCAUAUUUUUUACUUUA